AUGUUAUCGUCUCAUGCAAUGCAACCACCAUUGUCAAAUUAUUCUCCACUUGCUCAAUAUCCGAUGCCAUAUGCUCCACUGUCAAAUUUACCAGUUAAUAGUCCUUUCGUUAAUCCAUAUCAAAUGUAUCCAAGUAAUUGCCAAUGUUAUGAUUGUUCAGUAGCAGUAUCGCAAUCAAUGUGGUUACCACCGCCAAUCUAA